AUGAAUUUACCAAAUUUAACAGGUUUAUUCUUUUGGUUAUUAUUAUUUCUAUCAUCAUUUCUUGGCUCUAUAUUUCUUCUCUUUCCAUUUAUUCCACUCAUAUAUUUUGCUCCUUCUUUAUGGCGUAUAUUUGCUGAUUGUUUUAUUGGAUAUUGGUUAAUUUUACCUUCGUCAUUGUGUGAUUAUAUUUUGGGAGUAAAAUUUCAUAUCACUGGCGAUAUGAUCAGUUGUUCUGAACCAGCAUUGAUUAUCAUGAAUCAUAGAACAAGACUUGAUUGGUUGUUCUUUUGGAAUGCACUUUACAAAAUGAAUCCAUGGUUACUUACAACUGAGAAAAUAUCAUUGAAAAAACCAUUGAAAUCUAUUCCUGGUGCAGGAACAGAUCGUGGUGAACGAGCUGCAAAGAAUAGUGACCAAUUUGCAAUGCAAAACGGUUUACCAUUAUAUCACUUUGUUUUGCAUCCUCGUACGACGGGUUUUUCAUAUAUGAUACAAGUAAUGCGUCAAAAAAGUUAUCUAAAGAAUGUUUACGACAUAACAGUUGGCUAUCCGGAUGAGAUUAUCAGUUCAGAAUUAGAAAUACUUCGAAACGGUCGCUUUCCGCAUGCUGUGCAUUUUGAUGUGAAAAGAUAUAAUGAAAAUGAUUUACCUCAAGAUAACACUGGUUUGAUUAAUUGGCUUAAUAAUAUUUGGAGAGAAAAGGAGGAUCGACUCAAAAAUUUUUACAAAGCUGAUGUCGCCAACAGAAAAUUCUUACCAUCUAGUAGUAAGAAGAAUGAUUGGCUGAUUCAUUCGACAGGCAUUGGUUAUUAUUGUGCUUUUUCAUUUUGGAUAGCAAUGUCUAUAAUAUGGAUUUAUUUUAUUGUUUAUUUUUUCUUUGUCAAGAUUUAUGUAUUCUUUGCCUGUGUUUUUUAUGUUUAUUGUCACUGGAAAUAUGCUGGUGUACAAAAUUUAGCUAUACAGCUAUUCAAACAACAACAGCAACAACAACAACGUCAACAAUAA